AUGUCACCUGCAAUCAAAUCAUGUGUUCAGGAUCGUCAACUUGCUCGUUUCUACGCUCCACAACUCGAUCAACAUAUAGAAUCGCUUUCAUUAGCUGUCGAAGAUUUUUUAGGUACGGUGGAGAACAACUUGCCACCUAGAGAUUUCGUCCAAAAAGGAAAACUGGUAUGUUACGGUUUGUGA